AUGAAACUGCUACUAUCAGGUUUGGCGGGCCUGGUAGCCGCACAGUCUGUGCAAGCUGCACUCUACGACACAAUCGUUCAGACAAGAUAUGGUGGAAUUCAGGGCUAUCCCGCAUUUAAUGCCAGUCCAGUGGGUGUCGAUCUACAGAAUUGGGCUGAAAUCACUGUUUGGAAAGGUAUUCCAUAUGCCGCUUCGACUGCUGGUCAGAAUCGCUUCAGACAGCCCCAGCGGCGUUCGCCCUGGAACACGACUUUGGACGCAAAGGAGUUCGGAGACACUUGCCCCGGAGAAGUGACGAAUCCGGAAUAUACAUUCAGCGAGGAUUGCCUCAAUCUUAACAUAUGGAGCGUGGCAAAUUCCAGCGAUGCCAAGCUUCCUGUGGUCUUAUGGAGUCACCCAGCUUUAUCUACUUCUCGAGACGCCUUGUUUGAUGGAGGUGGAAUGGCUGACAAGGGUGUGGUUCUUGUCAAUUAUAAUUACCGACAAGAUGCAUUCGGGUGGCUGGCUCAUCCACAGCUCUCGGAAGAAUUUGAGAAAGAGACGGGAAGCAACAGCUCUGGCAAUUGGGCCAUGUUGGACCAAUUUGCGGCCCUGGCAUGGGUCCAUGAGAAUAUCGAGGCUUUUGGCGGAGACCCCAACCAUAUCACUGUCCAGGGACAGUCUGCCGGAGCAGCUGCCACAUAUCAUAUCUUGAACAGUCCUCUCACCAAAGGCCAAUUUGUCGGCGCCAUUAUCGAAAGCGGAGUUCGCGACCCCCAUGACCCAGAGAAGCUCGCAGACGGCUACAUUACGCUAGAUGAUGCCCUGAGCUCCGGCAUCGAGUACCUGACGGCCCAAAAUGUCACAACAAUCGACGAGCUGCGCGAAAUACCUUGGGAAACACUGGCUGCAGGUGAUACGGGAUCUCCUGGAGGGCCCGGUAGUGGCGGCGGCGGCGGUGGUGGUGGUGGUGGUGGAGGAGGUAGUGGACCACCAGGAGGGGCCAUUGGUGGCGGCUUUUCAGCCAAUCUGGAUUACUAUGCUGUUCCUGACACCUACCUCAACACGCUGAUCAAGGGGCUCGCAAGUGAUGUUCCUGUAAUAACGGGAAAUGCAAGAGACGAAAAUGGCGCUACAUAUGGUCUCAACAUCACCCUUGCUGCCUAUCUGGAAUUCAUAAACGAGACGUACGAAGGCGAGUGGGCAGACAGAUUCCGCGAGCUAUAUCCGGCAAACGACUCGGCCACAGCCUCCACGGCUGAGAAUCAGCAGUGGAUCGACCGCUCCAAGGUCGGUACCUGGCUGUGGUCCCGCCUGCGCACUUCUAAUUCCAGCAUUGCCAGCCCCAUAUACAACUAUUUGUGGGAUCAUGCACCGCCCGGGCAGAACAGGGGCGCGUACCACGAGUCAGAAAUCAACUACGUAUUGAACAACCUGUAUGCUACAGACCUGCCCUGGGAGGCUGUAGACUAUUCUAUUGCCACUGAGAUGAACAGUUACUGGGUCAACUUCAUUAAGACUGGCAAUCCCAACGGAGCUGGCACAACACAGUGGAACCCGGUCAGUGACGAAAAGAUUGUACAAGAACUAGGUGACGGUUGGGGAACUAUUCCAGUCGCAUCAGAAAAUGCGGUUGAGCUGCUCCAAGGAUGGUUUGAAUCUCUUCCGCCUUAUUAG